UAUUGCAAAUUGUUUGAGAGAUUGAAAAACAUUCAUUGCAAUAAAUAAUAGGUUCAUUUAUAAUUAUUUAUCCAUAAAAUAAGGUUUAAUAAGUUAUUAACCCAUACAUACUAUAAUUAGAUUUUUCUCCAUUUUUAAUACUCCAAAAAAAUUCAAUUCUGCCCAAAACUACACUCGCUUCGAUCAAAUUCCAUUUCUGCUCCGUAGAUCCACGCGCCGCUGCAAUGACAGAUCCCACCGCCGCCGAACAACCAUCGGAACCACCGCCAUCCACUCCCACCCCCACCCCCACCCCCGCGGCACCGACCUACCACCUCUACCCUCGCCGCGAGCCAUUCGAGCACGGCCUUCUCCCCAUCCCCAAACUCAUCUUCUCCGAUGGUGCACAAACUCUAUCCCAGCUCAAAUCUUCGAUCCUCUCAUCCAAUUCCACUCACAGGCUCACCCCAGAAACCCUAGCCCCAUUCAUUCAAUUAUCCGUUGAACAUGCGCGGCUUCUGAUCGAAACAAUAUCAUCAGUUUUGCACGACGAUUCUGAUCCAUUAGUGAAGGCUGGUGCUCCGAAGGAGAUCGAUGAAAUUGGGGUCAAUGUAUUUGAUUUGCUUAUCUUUCUUUAUAUACAGAGUUAUAAGAGGUUGCUGCCGAAAGGGCACAAGGACUCUGCUGCUGUUGCUGAUGUUUGGCCCUCAACAUCUGCCUUUGAUGGAUUUUUAUCUGCACUUUCACCGUUGCAGUUGGUGCGGAGCAACAGUCGUAGGUUUAUGCCAUCUCAAGCUGACGAAGAGGCUCAUCAGCUAUCUUAUUUACAGAAGCACAUGGCCAACAUUCUUUCCCUCUUGGCUGACUCCACAGAAGGUGGAGAUGAUGAUUCCCUGGUUUUAUCCGUGGAUAAAUUCGAGCAUCUUGGGUUUCUGAUCUAUUUUGGGGAAAAGGGAUCUGCUAAGAUUUCCUUGAGCCAGAAUGCUCCAUUUUUCGCGAAUUCAGAUCCUGACAUGCCUGCUGCUCCUGUUCCUGCAUCACAAAUUCUUGAUUGGCUUCUCCAAAAUAUCUCGUCUACCCUGGAACAUAUUGCUGAUAGAGUUUCUCUGAAAGAAAGUGGGCCCAGUAGUUCUCCUGACCCGGAUGUUCAAAUGGCUGAUGUUGGAACAGGUUCAUUGAAACCUUCAGUUAGUCAUAGAGGUCCAAGUUUCAUUGAGGGAAUUUCCAAAUCGUCAUAUGUGAAACAAGCAUCUGAUCUUAAGGGUACCUCUGUAAAGGUUGUAAACUGCCAUGAAUCAGUAAUUUACAUUUUGGCGCCACUGAGAUAUGCAACAAUCUAUGGAUGCUCUGAUGCAACUAUUGUCAUUGGAGCUGUUGGCAAGGCUAUUAGGGUCGAACACUGUGAACGCGUUCAUCUGAUCACUGCAGCCAGACGUAUAUGCAUAGCUAACUGUCGUGAAUGUGUAUUCUUCUUGGGUGUUAACCAGCAACCUCUCAUUGUUGGUGAUAAUCAUAAAUUGCAGGUGGCUCCAUUUAAUACUUAUUACUCGCAAUUGGAAGAGCACAUGAGUCAAGUUGGUGUUGAUCCUAACAUCAACAGGUGGGAUGAACCCGUGGCACUAGGCUUGCUCGAUCCGCAUGAUUCGUUAUCCCAUCCAGCUGGCGUUUCAGAUGUCCAAGCAGAAUCUGCUAGUCGCGUAGACCCAGAUCAGUUUACCAAUUUUGUGAUUCCAAAUUGGUUGGAAAUUGAAAAUGCUGGUCCCACUAAAGAUAACCCCUUCCCUUUACCUGAUGCCUACCUUGCAUCACAGCAGAAAAAUAUCAAAAGCUUGGCGGAAGUUAAGCAGAUUUUGAGGGAAACUCAACUUGAAGAGAACCGGAAACGAGAAUUAUCAAGUGCUCUCCAUGCAUGUUUUAAAGAUUGGUUAUAUGCAUCAGGCAAUAUCCGGCAGCUGUACUGCUUACAGGGUGAAUAAGUGACGGAGCAGAAAAAAUGAUGAAUGGAGACAAUGUUUUUUAAGGUUUCUCUCUAUUUAGUACUCGGCCAUUUGAGGCUCCUCUUGCUGUUUUUUCAUGAUGCCAGAGGCUGCUGGGAUUUCGAUGCUGUCUUAGUUUACUGUUUCGUGUGUGUUGAUAAGUUUUGAACCUCAGUGAAAUUUGCAAUAAAACAGGAAUAUGCUUGUUACACUUUUUCGUUCUUCCAAUUUGUGAAUUAAUUAUUUUGUAAUUCCAGGAAUAAUGUUUUAUUUU